AUGGCCGAACCCCCUCAACUACCCUACGCCCGCGAUCCCAAAUCCACCUCCACCCACUCUGCCCUGCACUUCCAACACCCGUCCUCCUCGCAUCACUCUCAUUCGCAGCACGGCUCGCACUCUCUCGCGGGGUAUGGAUACGGGGAAGGAGGAGAGGAAGAGGAAGAGGAGGAUGAGGAGGAUCUAGAAGAGGCGGAAGAGGAGGAAGGGGAGGGACAUGGGCAGUCGGCGUUGCAGUAUUGGACAGCGGCGAGGCAUGGGAAGGGGAAGGGCAGGUCUAGGGGGGAUGAGGAGUACUUACCAUGGCGACUGAAAACACGUUCCAAAACCCUCAACGCAGGCAUGUUCAUCUGCCUGAAUAUCGGUGUCGACCCGCCAGACGUCGUCAAGACUCAGCCAUGCGCCAAGAUGGAGACUUGGCUUGAUCCGACUUCUAUACCGGCUACGAAAGCUAUCGAGGCCAUUGGGAGGAAUCUAUUGCAACAAUUUGAAACGCUCAAUCCGAAAGUCAAGUUUAGGCCGCAUCUAGACCCCUCAGUCGAGGAGACGAAGAAGCAGUGUAUCGGUCUCAGGAAGGGAGCAAGAGAGGAGAGGACGGUGUUCUACUAUAAUGGACAUGGGGUGCCAAAGCCGACUGCGAGCGGGGAGAUCUGGGUCUUCAACAAGACGUAUACGCAGUACAUCCCGGUCAGCCUGUAUGACCUACAAGACUGGCUUGGAACCCCAACGGUGUACGUUUGGGAGUGCAGCGGCGCCGGCAACAUCCUGUCCAACUUUGGCAAGGCCGCCGAGCGAAAGGACAAUGAAGCCAAGGCCGCUCGAGACGCCGCCCAUGGCUCAUCUGACCUUCCCUCCGCCUCGUACGCCGACGCUAUCCAUCUCGCUGCUUGCCUGGCUGGCCAAACACUCCCCAUGUCCCCCGACCUCCCCGCCGACCUCUUCACCUGUUGCCUUACCUCUCCCAUCGAAACCAGUCUGCGGCAUUUCGUCUUGCAAGACCCUCUUCGACGAAACAUUUCCACCUCCAGCAACGACCCUCGGUCGCGCGUCACGGUGGACAUGGUCAUGCGUAUCCCGGGUGACCUGAAGGAUCGUCGGACACCCCUCGGCGAGCUCAACUGGAUCUUCACCGCCGUCACAGAUACCAUCGCGUGGUCCUCCUUCCCGCGGGAUGUCUUUAAUCGGUUGUUCCGGCAAGACCUUCUCGUCGCUGCGCUCUUCCGGAAUUUCCUGCUCGCCCAGCGGAUCAUGAAUACGUACCACUGCUCGCCUGUCUCCAUCCCAGAGUUGCCAAAUACGAGCAAUCAUGCUCUUUGGCACUCGUGGGAUCUGGCGGUGGAUGCGUGUUUGGCGCAAUUGCCGGGAUUGCUGGAUCAGCAGGAUGCGCUGGAUAACGGGAUCCCGGUAGAAGUACCGGUCGUCUACACCCCGUCCGACUUUUUCGCGCAGCACCUCCAGGCGUUUGAGGUGUGGCUGGAUCACGGCGGAACGGUCACGCGAAAACUAGCGUCGAAACCCACCAAGGCUACCCAUCGUCCACCGCCCGAACAACUCCCUAUCGUCCUCCAGGUGCUCUUGUCUCAGGGACACCGACUGCGCGCCCUCAUCCUCCUCUCCCGCUUUGUCGACCUCGGACCAUGGGCGGUCCACCUCUCCCUAUCCAUCGGCAUCUUCCCCUACGUCCAGAAACUCCUCCAAUCCCCCGCGGUCGAGCUCAAGCCGGUCUUGAUCUUCAUCUGGGCUCGAAUCCUCGCCGUCGACCGAUCAUGUCAGGUCGACCUUCUCCGGGAUCAAGGAUACGAGUACUUUGCUCGUGUCCUCUCGCCCUACCCUACAGCCGGAGGUCAGCCGCUCCAAAUCCCCAACGCCAACGAGCACCGCGCCAUGUGCGCCUUUAUCCUCUCGACGCUUUGUCGCAACUUCCGGGCGGGCCAGACAGCCUGCCAAGCCAUCAGCAUCUUUGAUACCUGCCUCGAGACGCUGCAGGCGGAUGACUGGCUGCUCAAGACUUGGUCACUACUGUGCAUCGCGCAGCUGUGGUCGGACAAUGACGAUGCCAAAGGGCUGUUGCCGAAUCACCCCAGGAUGGAGGAGCUGCUCCUCGCGCUUCGGAGUACGGCCGCGGAAGUACGUGCGGCGGCACUAUACGUCUUUGCGACGUUCCUCGGCGCUUCUAGUGCACCCGCUACGUCGACAGAAUUCCCCGGCGGCGGCGGAUCCGGGACUCAGCUCGGCCUUACCGACGCGGCGCAGCUUGACCUGGAGGCGGGAUUGGCGUACGCGUGCAUGAUGAGCGUCAAGGAGGAUGCGUCACCGAUGGUACGCAAGGAGCUCGUGGUGGUCAUCUCGUGCGUGGCGAGGGAAUGGCGGGGAUGGUUCGUUUGCGCCGCGUGGGCGUACUACGAGCACGAGGCGGCGAUAGCAUCUGGCAGCGCGUCGUCCGGAGACGUCAUGCCGGCCGCGCUGGAAGGGUGGUGCUCGAACCCCGGUCGGACGCCGGACGACAAUGCGCGGAAUCUCACCUGGCUCAGCAGCUUCAAGAUGCUGUUCGAGACACUGCUCGACCUCUCGGUGGACCCCAGCACCGAGGUCGCGCUCAUGGCGAGCACGGUGGUCGACUACGUCGUGGCGCUCUUGCUCGACUCGGCGUUCAUGCGCGUCAAGGGCUCGGCGGUUCAGCGGCUCAACAGACGGCGACAGGCGCUUUCGCGGCAACAUACCGGUCUCAGCCAGGGUAGCGGGCCAUCCACCAAUGGGCAUGCACAUGGGCACGGAACGAACGGCGUCAUCCCACAACUCCGGCGUCAGAAUACCGGGGCCUCGGAAGCGAGCAGCUCGUCUGGCGGGAUGAAGCGGAGUAGCUCGUUUGCCAAUGUCUUGAAAGGCUUUGCGACCAUGACUGGUCUCAUAGCGGACGAUCAUACCGACUCUGCUCCCGCGCCCGAAACGACAAGCACCGCUCCCCUCCCCUCUCCCAAUGGCGCGAACUAUACCUCACCCUACCCCGACUCUCUACAUCCUCGGACUCUCCCCGACCUCCCACGCGCAUCCUCCUCGGCAGCGGGCCAGCUUCAUACCCGUAUGGGAAGGAACGGCGGACUCGCCCUCUCCUCUUCAGCCUUCUCGGAGCUCUCAGGCACGCCUGCUGAUGCCGCCGCGGUCAUCGAGACCCUCACCGAGGAAGACAUGGAGCGACUCCGGAUCCGCCGGCUCAAAGGGACGCAAGCGGGCGGAGAUGUCGAUGGCAAAUUGGGGAAUAAUGGCUUGGCGAGGAAUGGAGAGUUGGGAUUGGGAAUGGUAGCCAAGGAGGUCAAGGAUGAUGUCUUGCCUUUGAGGAGUGGAUUCUAUGACUGGGCAGUGGAUUACUUUAGGGAGCCGCAAAUGAAGGUACCCGAUGCGGACGAGCCGGGAUCGACGACGUAUAAUCAGCAAGCGUGGAAGCAUGUUCGGAAUGAGCAGCUUGUCGAGAUCAGCAGGCAGAAUGAGGAGCAUGCGGCUCAAAGUAGCUGGGAGCACGACGCUGGGACACUGCAUAACGAUGCGUGGCCAUUGCAGCUUGCCUUCCACUCGUUUGAUCCUGUCAUGGCGGUCACCGACGACUCGGAUAAUGUCUGUAUAUGGGACUGGAAAUCCCGGAGAAAGCUCAACAAGUUUUCAAAUCAGAACAUCUCGGGGAGCAGUAUCUCCGGAUUGCACUUUAUCAACGAAGGCGCUAGCUCGCUUAUGCUCACUGCUUCUACUGAGGGAUCCGUCAGGAUAUGGCGAGAUUACGAGACGCCGGGCCAGACCGAGCUCGCAUCGACUUUCCGGGCUGUCUCGGACCUUUACCCAGCCGCUCACUCCAGCGGGGUCUUGACUGCAUGGGAGCAGAACAAGGGGCAUCUGCUCGUAGGUGGAGACAUGAGGGUGGUCAGGCUCUGGGACGCGACGGUCGAGCGACAUCUCCGAGACAUUGCUACUCAAGCCGGAGCAAACCUUACCGCUCUGGCGACGGACGAGCCGGAGGGAAACGUCUUUGUGGCGGGCUUUGGGGAUGGUGUGGUCCGUCUCUUUGACAAGCGGGUGGAGGACGCCUCGGUCGUUGUGGUGCGGACAUGGCGGAAACAUCAUACCUGGAUUCAGAGUGUGCAUUUGCAGCGGGGCGGACAGAGGGAGUUGUUGACUGGAAGUAUGAAUGGGGAAGUGAGAAUAUGGGAUGUUCGAGCGCCGGAUACACCGUUGUACGAAAGCAUGCCGCAGCCGCAUGGGUUGAUGUCCCUUGCGGUCCAUGCUGGGGCUCCUGUCUUUGCAACAACAUCAGCACCAUCAAUGCACUCGGCCCGGCAAAAGCUCGUCAUUCAAGGCUUCGCCAAUCCGGAGCAACCAAAGACUUUAUCCACUAUCAAUAUCCCUCUUGCCCCUACUCAUUACGUGCCGUCCAGGCCGCUCAUGCCUAGUGCUGCUUCUCUGGUCUUCCAUCCGGUUGAAAUGGUCGUUGCUGCAGGAGGAUUCGAUUCGACGGGUACAGUCAAGCUUUACAGGUGUCCUACUGCUGCGAAUAAGCGGGGAUCGUGGGGUCAGGUGGAGAAUGGGUAUCUGUAG